GCGUUGACGGCCCGCGUCUCUGUUAGUCAGCGGAGCGACCAAGGCCGGACGUUGCGGCCGAAACGCGGAGCCGCGAGCAGGAUUGAGUAGCGGCCGCGGCCACCGCAGGACGGCGCCGCUCUCCGCUAAGGGCUUCCAGGUCGCCGUUGGCUGCACUGCCGGACCCUUCUAGGUGCCUGGAAGCCAAUCUUCUCCUAGUGGUCUUCAGAUGAAGAUGUAGAACUCUCAGCUCCUCCAGCAUGCUUCCUGCCUUGAUGAUAAUGGACUGAACCUCAGAACCUCCUUGGUGAAUAUUUGGAUGAAGCCAUUAGACUAAUUGCUUGCCAUCAUGAGCAGAAGCAAACGUGACAACAAUUUUUAUAGUGUAGAGAUUGGAGAUUCUACAUUCACAGUCCUAAAACGAUACCAGAAUUUAAAGCCUAUAGGUUCAGGAGCUCAAGGAAUCGUGUGUGCUGCUUAUGAUGCUAUUCUUGAAAGAAAUGUUGCGAUCAAGAAACUCAGCCGGCCAUUUCAAAAUCAGACCCAUGCUAAGCGAGCCUACCGAGAACUAGUUCUUAUGAAGUGUGUUAAUCACAAAAAUAUAAUUGGCCUUUUGAAUGUUUUCACACCACAGAAAUCCCUAGAAGAAUUUCAAGAUGUUUACAUAGUCAUGGAGCUCAUGGAUGCAAAUCUUUGCCAAGUGAUUCAGAUGGAGUUAGAUCAUGAAAGAAUGUCCUACCUUCUCUAUCAAAUGCUGUGUGGAAUCAAGCACCUUCACUCUGCUGGAAUUAUUCAUCGGGACUUAAAGCCUAGUAAUAUAGUAGUCAAAUCAGACUGCACUUUGAAGAUUCUUGAUUUUGGACUGGCGAGGACUGCAGGAACGAGUUUUAUGAUGACGCCUUAUGUAGUGACUCGAUACUACAGAGCACCAGAGGUCAUUCUCGGCAUGGGCUACAAGGAGAACGUUGACAUUUGGUCAGUUGGGUGCAUCAUGGGAGAAAUGAUCAAAGGUGGUGUUUUGUUCCCAGGUACAGAUCAUAUUGAUCAGUGGAAUAAAGUUAUUGAACAGCUCGGAACACCUUGUCCUGAAUUCAUGAAGAAACUGCAGCCAACAGUAAGGACUUAUGUUGAAAACAGGCCUAAAUAUGCUGGAUAUAGCUUUGAGAAACUAUUCCCUGAUGUGCUUUUCCCAGCCGACUCAGAGCAUAACAAACUUAAAGCCAGUCAGGCAAGAGAUUUGUUAUCCAAAAUGCUAGUAAUAGAUGCAUCCAAAAGGAUCUCCGUAGACGAAGCUCUGCAGCACCCAUACAUCAACGUCUGGUAUGAUCCUUCAGAAGCAGAAGCCCCACCACCAAAGAUCCCUGACAAGCAGUUAGAUGAAAGGGAGCACACAAUAGAAGAGUGGAAAGAACUGAUAUACAAGGAGGUAAUGGAUUUGGAGGAGCGAACUAAGAAUGGAGUCAUAAGAGGGCAGCCAUCUCCUUUAGGUGCAGCAAUGAUCAAUGGCUCUCAGCAUCCAUCGUCUUCGCCGUCUGUCAAUGACAUGUCUUCAAUGUCCACAGAUCCGACUUUGGCCUCGGAUACAGACAGCAGUCUAGAAGCAUCAGCUGGACCUCUAGGCUGCUGUAGAUGACUACUUGGGCCUUGGGUGGGUGGGAGGGAUAGGGAAUUGGUUAGUCAUUGAUAGAACUGCUUUAAAAACAAUUCAGUGGUCAUAUUUUUGAGUGAUUUUUCAGAAAAUGUAGAAUUCAUUUUGUAGUAAAGUAGUUUAUUUUUUUUUAAUUUCAAGUGAUGUAAUUUAAAACUUAAGUUGUGUUUUUAAACAGCAACAAAACUGUAUUGUAUUUUUGCUGUAAUUAACUGUAUAAUGUAAACCUAAUUAUUUUAUCAUGGUUUAAAUUUUGCAUAUUUGCUUUAUCUUAUGCUGCUGAUUUUUUUUUACUGAAUUUGUAAGAUUUUUGUUUAUCAAAGCAACUAUUAUGUGGUGACUUGCAUAUAUCAUGAAUUAUUUAAGAUGUUUAUAAGUUUUUUAUUAGAAUUUAUUUCAGAUGUUUGUUCAUGAUGCUAUCCUUCAGGGUUAUGUGCUUAUCAAUGAAAUAACCCCAGAGGAAUAAGGGAAAAUAACCUGUAGCCAGUUAUAUUCAGGAAUAACUACUGUAAAUGAUGAACGUGUCAAGAAACCUCCAAUAUUUGCUACUUGCCAAUCCCAACUUAGUUAAAACAAUUGGUAGACAACCUUACCUAAAUUUUAGCAAAUACCCUGUUAUCUAAAUGGCAGAAUAACUCAGAGCAUGUCGUUAAAGAUGCUGGGUACAUCCUUCUACAUUUUGGAUCUCCCUACACCAACCCAACAGAAACUUAAGGAAUGUGGUAUAUUCUGAACAUCUGUGGCAUGCUUAAAUCUUUUAAUCACACAAAGUCAAGAGGCUACUUCAUGAAAAUACAUUUCAGUGGAGAUCAACACAUGUUUCCCCUGUACUAGCUAUGAACCUGCUUCUGUAUACACUGAGUUAAUCUCCUCAGGCUAUAGUCCUGGCAUUGGCCAAGAGCCUGGACUUUCUCUUUUACAGUUUCUGGCCCUGGACUUUCCCAGUUCCUGUUCCUUAGUGGGUCAGUCUGUGGAGCACCAGUUUGUGGGGUUUCUGGCCAUUCGAUUCUACCUAUAGCAUUAUCCUGUUUCUACUAGCUGUCAGGAGGUUCCAAAGCCUACUUAAACUUGGGUAGGUGACGUUUAAAUGAGCAAUAUACCGUUCAUCUGAAAAUAGUAGCACACAGCCAUAUGUAGGAUGUCAUUUUCUAAGGACUGUUUCUUCACAGUGAGCAGAGCAGGCAUAGUGGUGGUUCUUUAAUCUGAGUCUUUGAUUUUUUUUUUUAUAUCUGAUUUCCAGUGUGGACGUUGAGUAGUGUAAGAAUGGUGCUGCUCCUGACAAGUGUGUGUUAACUGUUUACAUUUUAUAUCUGCAGAAUCCUUUCUCUGUAACUGAAUUUUCCUAAGUAAAAUGUCAUCAAGGUCU